AUGUCGCGACAGGCUCCAGAUAGGUCUUCAAGAACCCGCGCACCACGCGUUGGACAGUCUGACCGCAAGCGACCAGGCGAUGAGGAUGUCCCAGACGUUUAUCAAGAAAUGCUAGAUGAAGCUGAAGCCCGAGAUCCCGGUCAUUUCAACAGCGAAAGACCAAUCAAAAGGCGAAAGGUUGGGGACAUGAAAGCCAUUCCCGUCGAAAGCGAGCAGAAACACCCAGAGAUGAACAAACAUGAGACCCAAGCAGUGCAAACUGUCUACGAUUCGUCGUCAGAAGAAGAGUCAGAUGUUGAGUGGGAAGAUGUUGAGUUUCAGCAACCGUCUGAUUCAUUAUUCAGCGGAAAUGCUGCAUCUCGGGGCGAUGAUGAAGUGCUUGAGAUUACCUUGGAACAAGAACCCGACAAACGAAAACGGGCCAUUUCAAAACGAAAGCCUCUAACUAGAGCCGAGAAGCAAGUGCGACUGGAUGUACACAAGGCCCAUAUUCUUUGUCUCCUUGGCCACUUGGAUAUACGCAAUUCGUGGUGCAAUGACGAGGAUACACAGAAUUUUUUGAAGAAAAUGUUACCGAAAAAGGUCAUUGCUCUUUUGCACCCUGAUGAAGAUAAACCUAGCUACAACAGAUCCACCACUAUCAUGGAUGGUCUCAAUCAAGCUGCAGAUGCAUUUGCUCGCAGAUUCAGAGUCACGAAGCCGGGAAUCAAGCGGGCUCACUGGUCUGAUAGUCAAGAUCAGUUAAAGCAGAAGAUGGAAUCCAUCAUGUUGGACGCAGAGGUCUUUCUAUCCAAGGGAGACUUCCGAACCCAAGCCAAAACGCUGCAAGGCUCUCGCGACUUUGGCGCCCAGCUGUUCUGUACUUUGCUACGGGGCGUAGCCAUCGAGACUAGGCUUGUCUGUUCAUUGCAAACAUUGCCGUUUUCUGGAACCGUCAAGGACAUGACGCCACCCAAACCAAAACCUCAAUACAUUGUAAUAUCUUCAGAUGAUCCUGGCUCCUCGACAGAUGAACGAUCGAGGACCGAAAAAUCGCCCACAGCUCCAAGAUCUCGGCGGAUUGGACAGCCGAAAUUUGCACCAUCGCGUCCUCCUCAGCCACCCAUGCGCCUAGGCACUCUUCCACAAUCCCGAGAAUCAUCACACCCGGUGACUUGGGUGGAAGCUUUCAACGAAGCUGCUCAAAAAUGGAUCGCGAUUGAUCCAGUCGUAACAAAGUCUCUCGCAAAAACAUCCAAGUUUGAACCACCUGCGAGUGAUCCGUUCAAUCUGAUGAGUUACGUCGUAGCCUUUGAAGAUGACAGGUCUGCAAGAGAUGUCACUCGUCGCUAUGCAAAGGCAUUUAAUGCAAAGACGCGAAAGCUGCGAGUGGAGUCUACACGCAAUGGAGAGAAAUGGUGGGAAAAAGCACUGCUUUAUUAUGAGAAACCCUUCCUCGAGGAUCGAGAUGAAGCCGAGAUCAGCGAGCUUACCUCUAAAUCAGCGGCAGAGCCAAUGCCACGCAACAUCCAAGACUUCAAAAACCACCCCGUCUAUGCUUUGGAACGGCACGUUCAUCGGAAUGAAGUUAUUCACCCUAAACGAGUCAUUGGACACGUUGGUUUGGGAAAGACUGCAACGAGAACCGAGACAACUGAACCCGUCUACCGCCGCUCCGACUUGCAUGUCGUACGAAGCGCUGAUAAGUGGUACCGCCUGGGACGGGAUGUCAAGGUUGGAGAACAACCUCUGAAGCGUGUCCCUGCAAGCCGCAACAAAGUCGCAAUCUCCAGUGACGACGAAGCUGAAAAUGAACCCGAAGAGACGACAUUAUAUGCCGAGUCUCAGACGGAAGUCUACAAACCACCACCCGUGAUUGAUGGAAGAAUCCCCAAAAACGUUUACGGAAACCUGGAUGUUUAUGUACCCAGCAUGGUUCCGCUUGGUGGUGUUCAUAUCAACCGACCAGAGGCAAUUCGAGCCGCCCGAAUCCUCGGCAUUGACUAUGCAGAUGCAGUCACUGGGUUUGAAUUCAGAGGUCGCCGUGGAACAGCUGUAGUAAAGGGCAUUGUCAUUGCAACUGAAUACCAGGAGGCGCUUGAGGAGGUUUUGUCUGGCCUUGAAGACCAGAGGCGGCUUGCUGCGCUUGAAGCAAGAACUGCGGAAGCUCUUCGAUUUUGGCGACUUUUCUUGGCGAAGCUAAGAAUUGCAGAAAGAGUGAAGGGGUAUGCAGCCGAGGACGAAGAACAAGUUGAUGAAGAUGAUAUUGCAGAGGAAAUGAGUGUUGAGGAAGGCGGAGGCGGCUUCUUCCCAGAACCAGGCCAGCCUGUGAAUAGCCCACCACUGAAUGCCUUAGAAACCCACUUACCUUACGAGGGUCAUGCAGGGGAUGAACCUGGAUCAUACAGCGAGGACGAAGAAGAUUUUGGAGGCGGAUUCAUACCCGAAGAGCCAACUGGAGAUGAUUUAAACUCGGUAGCAGCUCCAGCUCCAACCCUAGAGCCCGAACCAGCCCCAGAGCCCUUGGCCUCACGCCCGAUAUCAAAUCCUCGAUGGACCUCGAAGCAAAAAACAUCAAAUGCACCCCGUUACUCAUUGACGGUCGUUCCAAAUCACGGCCCAGGCACAUUAUCUCAUGAACGGCGAGAAUCUCCAGAACCAAGCUCCUCCAAAGCCCCCGAGGGAUCUUCCCAGUAUGCCCCUAUUGCAGUGGAUUCAUCUAACAAUGCUGGAUCUAAAUCAGCAAGCAUGGUCACUAUUUCUCGACCACCAUCGCCAAUCCAGGAACUAUCAGCGCGGAAGUAUGAUUCUGAUAGCGAAUUGGAGAAGGGAUCUUUGCUGUCUGAGGAUCCCGACGACGAGGAUGCAAUUCCUGACUGGCUCAUGUCUGAUGAAGACUAG